CUCCCCCGCGUUUCUCCUUGACGGGAAGUGCUGGCACAUAGCGGAAGUUCCACGACUGUGAUAAUUAGCUGGUGAUCAGAUAAGAUCAUGGAACCGACUGGCCGACGGCAAACUGCUUGAACUGCGAUCAGUUAGCGUAGAACUCGGUUGUUAGAACAUGAUGUUGCUUCUGGGCAAUCUAGUGAUGCCGUUCCUGAUGUUGCUUGGCCUAUCGACAUCAGACUUGAUUGAGACCAUAGACAUGUUCAAAGAGACAGGGCUAUCCAUUGGCUCCCAUCAAGGCGUCGAAGUCACGAACCUCAACCAGUCCACCAAUCACAGUCUCGCAUUUCACUUUGGAUUGAUGACGACUGACGUCAGGGCUACCGACACAGCUGUUCAGCGGUUUCGCGCCGCUUUUGACAUGACAGGUAUCUUUGCCAUCUCUGCCUGGGUUCGUCUGGACUUUGAGGAGAUGUUUUCGCGGAACACUGUCGUGUCAUUGAGUUCGGAGAGAGGUACCAAGGUGCUGGCGCUUUUUUCAGUCAGAACCUGGAUGAACAAUCUUGAGAUGGAUUUCACAUACGAAUCGCGUGACCGACUUAUGACCAUACGACACGAGUCACGCAAUAUUAGCGCCGUGUUUGUGUGGCGUCACGUGGCAGUGCGCGUCGAUACCAAGAAGCAGCACGUGACUUUUAUUCUAGAUGGGAAGGUGACAGAGGUGAAGCCGCUGAAGGAGAAGAUGGAGACGAUACCUGUAGAGGCGGAACUUCGGCUGGGUCAGAUGCUGGAGGCUAUGUCGAAAGGGAUAGGAGAGAUCACCAGGCGAUUUAAGGGUUCAAUGGCCGAUGUGAAAAUAACUUUUGAGGGGGAAGAGAAGGCCGCUAACAGUUCUGUUGGAGAGAUUAUUCCAAGCACCAAAAACUGUACUAACGGAACAUUGUGGGAAAAGGACAACGGCACUGUCUGUGAAUGUCGGAAUGGACUGAUUGUCUGCAUUGAUAACUGUACGUGUCGGGACAACGGUACCGUGUAUCACAAUGGCGACCGCUGGAAGCAUAGCAACAACACAUGUAUCACGUGCCAUUGCCAGGCUGGGAAGAUUAUCUGCUCACCAAAGAAGUGCGCAAAGCUGAAUUGUUCUGGUGCUUCGAGGCCAGUUACCUUACCAGGACAAUGUUGCCCAAUGUGCCUAGAGCCGGAGGGGUGUUCUGCGAUCACAUGUCGGAAGCCGAACUGCACCGGCCUCUCAGGAAGAGUUGUCAAGUUGAAAGAAAAGUGCUGCCCUGUCUGUGAAGAGCACCAGUGUCGUGGUACAGAUAAGCUGUAUAGUAGCUGCGGCACGAUGUGUCCCUGGACAUGCACAAACCUGUAUGACGACGACGAAUGUCCCGAGGAAUGCAACCGCGGCUGUUUCUGCCCUCGAGGGAUGGUCGUUGAUCGGAAUGGGAAGUGCGUAUUGGCGACGAGAUGUGGAUGCAAAUACGAAGGCAAGAUGUUUUUGGCAGGCCAGGAAUACCUCCCGGUCAGCUGCAUUAAGUGCAAGUGCAUGAGCGGUCGAAUGCAGUGUAGAAAGGUCUGCGAUGUGUACAAGAGAGGGUUAGCUACCCACAAGUUUGGCCCAUAGGUAGCGGAUUUAAUCUACUGCUCUUAACGCUAGAUCGCUGGAAGCGUUAAUCUAUUAUUCCAAACUGGUUAGCGAAGCCAACAAAAGGGGAAAAAUGUUUUAUUUCAUAGAAUAUGAGCUAAAUUCAAAUAAAAUUGAAAUAAAGUAUUCAUUGAGUUUUGACUCACAAGGGGACGAAUAGUGGUCUAUUCAUGUCAUUCAAAACAAUAUAAGACAAUAUAAUUAUCCUAGAUGUGAAUGUUAAACGCAAAACCGCGCUAUAGAAGGGAUAGGGACGCCCACUUUUCACACCUCGAGAAGUUUGACAUCAGAACCAACAUGGCGGACUAACCGUUAGGCAGAGCGAUAGACACAAAAUUUCAUAAUAAAACUUUGAAUGCGUCCUUUAAAACCCAAAUAACUUCCUCAUCUUUCUCAACUUAAUGUUUCUUUCUACCUUUGAUAGUUUUUUAUAGAACCAAAUAUUCGAUUUCGAUAAGAAAAUUCGAUAUGUCUUGACAGCUCGACGGCUUAGCGACAACUGAAGGUGUCGCUGCCCUGGGCACGCUCCUUUUAUAGCGCGGUUUCGCGUUUAAGAUUUAUUUUUUAAUAAUCUAAACUUGUGUCGUGGUUAUUAGGCAAGCAUUUCUCAUAAUAUAAUGCCAAGUUCAGAUGAGUAUUCUGAUGUACAGAAUAAAAACGUCUAGGUACGAAGAGGACGUAAGCAGACUUCGUUCCACUAUAUGGCCACAAUAACGAGUAGUAUACAGGGUUCCGUUUGCAUAUGAAAUUGAUAACUAAGUGCGAAAAACCACCAAAACAAUAUGUUGCAUUCAACAAUGAUGUAAUGUAUAAGUAACCGUCUUCUGACCUUCUGAUGCGUCCCAGAAAAAGAUGAUGUUAUCUCUCUAACAGUCUUCUCCCCCGGCGGCCAAAAAGGUGGUCAUUUCUUAUUAAAGAGUUUUCAAAUUC